GCCCCGCACUUCCUCCGGGAAGGCCCCGAGGGCUCCCGGCCCCACCCCGGGCCGGGCCACCAUCCGCGGAGGGCCGGCCGCCCGGCCAUUGUUCGAGCCCCACCCCUGCUGAAUAUUCACGCGGGCGGGCGGCGAGCGAGCGAGGGCGAGGGCCGGGUUCCGCCCGCUCUCCCGGCGGAGGGGGCGGGGGAGUCGCUCGCCCCUCCUCAGCGGCGCCGGUCGGUGCCCCGCGUCCCCGCCCCCGCCCCCGCCUCCCGCGGCAUCUUUGUCUCGCGGCCUCGCGCUCGCUCGCUCGCCGCGCUCUCCGGCCCCAGCUCCGGGCCGCUCGUGCAGGCGCGCGCGCGCGGGGCGCCGGGGCCUGAGGCGGCGGGCGACGCCCGGGGGGCGGGUGGGGGCCGAGGGAGGACCGCCAAGCCAUGGUGUGAGCUCCGCGGCCAGCGCUCUCCGCGCCGCGCUCCGCUCCGACCGGACGACAAGCCGCCCGGGCGGCGGCGGCCUGCCCGUGCGGCCCGAGCCCCGGCGCCGCCGAGCCCCUGCCCGUCUCUCGCUCUCUCGCCCGCUCCCGGAGCGGCGACCCGGGGAAGAUGGCGAACGACUCUCCCGCGAAGAGCCUGGUGGACAUUGACCUGUCGUCCCUGCGGGACCCUGCUGGGAUUUUUGAGCUGGUGGAAGUGGUUGGAAAUGGCACCUAUGGACAAGUCUAUAAGGGUCGACAUGUUAAAACGGGUCAGCUGGCCGCCAUCAAGGUUAUGGACGUCACCGAGGAUGAAGAGGAAGAAAUCAAACUGGAGAUAAAUAUGCUGAAGAAGUAUUCUCAUCAUCGAAAUAUUGCCACGUACUAUGGUGCUUUCAUUAAGAAGAGCCCUCCAGGACAUGAUGACCAACUCUGGCUUGUUAUGGAGUUUUGUGGGGCUGGGUCCAUCACAGACCUUGUGAAGAACACCAAAGGGAACACUCUCAAAGAAGACUGGAUUGCUUACAUCUCCAGGGAAAUCCUCAGGGGAUUGGCACAUCUCCAUAUUCACCACGUUAUUCACCGAGAUAUCAAGGGCCAAAAUGUGCUGCUGACCGAGAAUGCUGAGGUGAAACUUGUUGAUUUUGGUGUAAGCGCUCAGCUGGACAGGACGGUUGGACGGAGAAAUACGUUCAUAGGCACACCCUACUGGAUGGCUCCAGAGGUCAUCGCCUGUGAUGAGAACCCAGACGCCACUUACGACUACAGAAGUGACCUCUGGUCCUGUGGCAUCACAGCCAUCGAGAUGGCUGAAGGGGCCCCCCCUCUCUGUGACAUGCAUCCAAUGAGAGCGCUGUUUCUCAUCCCCAGAAACCCUCCUCCCAGGCUGAAGUCAAAAAAAUGGUCAAAGAAAUUUUUCAGCUUUAUAGAAGGCUGUCUGGUGAAGAAUUACAUGCAGCGGCCCUCUACAGAGCAACUUUUAAAACACCCUUUCAUAAGGGAUCAGCCCAAUGAAAGGCAGGUUCGAAUCCAGCUUAAGGAUCACAUAGACCGGACCAGAAAGAAGAGAGGCGAGAAAGAUGAGACGGAGUACGAGUACAGCGGGAGCGAGGAGGAGGAGGAGGAAGUGCCUGAGCAGGAGGGAGAGCCAAGUUCCAUCGUCAAUGUGCCUGGAGAGUCAACUCUGCGACGUGAUUUCCUGAGACUGCAGCAGGAGAACAAGGAGCGGUCUGAGGCUCUGCGGAGACAGCAGCUUCUGCAGGAGCAGCAGCUCCGGGAGCAGGAGGAGUAUAAGAGGCAGCUGCUGGCUGAGAGGCAGAAGCGGAUUGAACAGCAGAAAGAACAGAGGAGGCGGCUGGAAGAGCAACAAAGAAGAGAACGGGAAGCCAGGAGGCAGCAGGAGCGUGAGCAGCGGCGGCGUGAACAAGAGGAGAAGAGGCGUCUCGAGGAACUGGAAAGGCGGCGUAAAGAAGAGGAAGAGAGGAGACGGGCAGAAGAGGAGAAGAGGAGAGUGGAGAGGGAACAGGAGUACAUCAGGCGGCAGCUAGAGGAGGAGCAGCGGCACCUGGAGAUCCUGCAGCAGCAGCUGCUCCAGGAGCAGGCCAUGUUACUGGAGUGCCGAUGGCGGGAGAUGGAGGAGCACCGGCAGGCAGAGAGGCUCCAGAGGCAGUUGCAACAAGAACAAGCAUAUCUCCUGUCUCUACAGCACGACCACAGGAGGCCGCACGCACAGCAGCAGCCGCCGCCCCCGCAGCAGCAGGACAGGAGCAAACCGAGCUUUCAUGCUCCAGAGCCCAAGCCUCACUAUGACCCUGCUGACAGAGCUCGGGAGGUGGAAGAUAGAUUUAGAAAGACUAACCACAGCUCCCCUGAGGCCCAGGCUAAGCAAACGGGCAGAGGACUGGAGCCACCCGUGCCUUCCCGGUCAGAGUCUUUUUCCAAUGGCAACUCCGAGUCUGUGCACCCUGCCCUGCAGAGACCAGCGGAGCCACAGGUACAGUGGUCCCACCUGGCAUCUCUCAAGAACAAUGUCUCCCCUGUCUCGAGAUCCCAUUCCUUCAGUGACCCUUCUCCCAAAUUCGCACACCACCAUCUCCGCUCUCAGGACCCAUGUCCACCUUCCCGCAGUGAGGGGCUCAGUCAGAGCUCUGACUCUAAGUCGGAGGUGCCCGAGCCCACCCAAAAGGCUUGGUCUAGAUCAGACAGUGACGAGGUGCCUCCAAGGGUUCCCGUGAGAACGACCUCUCGUUCCCCUGUCCUCUCCCGUCGGGAUUCCCCACUGCAGGGCGGUGGACAGCAGAAUAGCCAAGCAGGACAGAGAAAUUCCACCAGCAGUAUUGAGCCCCGGCUUCUUUGGGAGAGAGUGGAAAAGCUGGUCCCCAGGCCAGGCAGUGGCAGCUCUUCAGGGUCCAGCAACUCAGGAUCCCAGCCUGGCUCCCAUCCUGGGUCUCAGAGCGGCUCCGGUGAACGCUUCAGAGUGAGAUCAUCAUCCAAGUCUGAAGGUUCUCCAUCGCCACGCCAGGAAAGUGCAGCCAAAAAGCCUGACGAUAAGAAAGAAGUAUUCCGGCCUCUCAAGCCUGCGGGAGAAGUGGACUUGACUGCGUUGGCCAAAGAGCUUCGAGCAGUGGAAGAUGUUCGGCCACCUCACAAAGUAACAGACUACUCAUCCUCCAGUGAGGAGUCUGGGACCACAGAUGAGGAGGAGGAGGACGUGGAACAGGAGGGGGCUGAUGAUUCUACCUCGGGACCAGAAGACACCAGAGCAGCGUCAUCUCCGAACCUGAGCAACGGUGAAACAGAAUCUGUGAAAACAAUGAUCGUUCAUGAUGAUGUAGAAAGUGAGCCAGCCAUGACCCCGUCCAAGGAGGGCACCCUCAUCGUCCGCCAGAGUACAGUUGACCAAAAGCGUGCCAGCCAUCAUGAGAGCAAUGGCUUUGCGGGUCGCAUUCACCUCUUGCCAGAUCUCUUACAGCAAAGCCAUUCCUCCUCCACUUCCUCCACCUCUUCCUCCCCAUCCUCCAGCCAGCCGACACCCACCAUGUCCCCACAGACACCCCAGGACAAGCUCACUGCUAAUGAGACUCAGUCCGCUAGUAGCACACUCCAGAAACACAAAUCUUCCUCCUCCUUUACACCUUUUAUAGACCCCAGGUUACUACAGAUCUCUCCAUCUAGUGGGACGACAGUGACUUCCGUGGUGGGAUUUUCCUGUGAUGGGCUGAGACCAGAAGCCAUAAGGCAAGAUCCUACUCGGAAAGGCUCAGUGGUCAAUGUGAACCCCACGAACACUAGGCCACAGAGUGAUACCCCCGAGAUUCGUAAAUACAAGAAGAGAUUUAACUCAGAGAUCCUGUGUGCUGCCUUAUGGGGAGUGAACUUGCUGGUUGGUACAGAGAGCGGUCUGAUGCUCUUGGACAGAAGUGGCCAAGGGAAAGUAUACCCUCUGAUCAGCCGAAGACGGUUCCAGCAAAUGGAUGUGCUCGAAGGCCUAAAUGUCCUGGUGACAAUAUCUGGCAAAAAGGAUAAGUUACGUGUCUACUAUUUAUCCUGGCUAAGAAAUAAGAUUCUUCAUAAUGAUCCAGAGGUUGAGAAGAAGCAGGGGUGGACCACUGUGGGCGACUUGGAAGGGUGCGUGCACUAUAAAGUCGUAAAAUAUGAAAGAAUCAAGUUUCUGGUAAUUGCUUUGAAGAGUUCUGUGGAAGUCUAUGCAUGGGCACCGAAGCCAUAUCACAAAUUUAUGGCCUUUAAGUCAUUUGGAGAACUGCUACAUAAGCCAUUACUGGUGGAUCUCACUGUGGAGGAAGGCCAGAGGUUGAAAGUGAUCUAUGGAUCCUGUGCGGGAUUCCAUGCUGUUGAUGUGGAUUCAGGCUCAGUCUAUGACAUUUAUCUACCAACACAUAUUCAGUGUAGCAUCAAACCCCAUGCAAUCAUUAUCCUCCCCAACACGGAUGGGAUGGAGCUGCUGGUGUGCUACGAAGACGAGGGGGUUUACGUUAACACGUACGGAAGGAUCACCAAGGACGUGGUUCUGCAGUGGGGAGAGAUGCCGACAUCUGUAGCAUAUAUCCGGUCGAAUCAGACAAUGGGCUGGGGAGAGAAGGCAAUAGAGAUACGAUCUGUGGAAACUGGUCACUUGGAUGGUGUAUUUAUGCACAAAAGGGCUCAGAGACUAAAGUUCCUGUGUGAACGCAAUGACAAGGUGUUCUUUGCCUCCGUCCGCUCUGGUGGCAGCAGCCAGGUCUAUUUCAUGACCUUAGGCAGGACUUCUCUUCUGAGCUGGUAGAGGCAGUGUGAGCUGGGAUCACUGACCUCUGGAGUCGGCAAGACCCUGAGCGAGACCUUGGAAUUCCUUGCAACUGGAGCUCAGAGCUGUGCUGGUGCAGCCAGGACAGCUGUCUGCAGGCCACCUGCGCGUCGCAUCGGGUCGGGUCGGGCCCUCUCCCCUCCCUCCUACACUUUUUGCCAGUUUAUUCCCAUUCUCUCCUUUUCCUUUCUCAAAUAAAUCAAGGCUGCAUUGCAGCUGGUGCUGUCUGGACUCCACCAUCGGUGCUAGGAGUGCUUGGGAAUGGACUCAGACCGGGAAGAGCGAGUGAGCGAGCGAGCGCUGCGCCUUCCCUGCAGCUCCAGGAGGCCGUCUCCGAGCGAGCGAGCGAGCGAGCGACUGUCCUAUGGGUGUCUGAAGGGUGUGAUGAGCGCACCGUCAGACUUUGGCAGUGGGCACAAAGAAGUGAAAAGUGGGCGUAAGAAGCAGCUUGCAGAAGCAGAGAACAGAUUUAAUAUAGUAACAUUAACAAUGUAUUUAAUUGACAUUUCUCUUUUUGUAAUGUGACAGUAUGUGGACAGAGAAGAAGGUGCAGGUUUAAGAAGUUAAUAUUUAUAAAAUGUGAAAGACACAGUUACUAGGAUACCUUUUUUUUGUGGGUGGGGCUUAGGGUGGGGUGGGGUGGGUUAAAGGGUCCCAUUUUGUUUCUUUGAAAGUUUUUUGGAGGGGAUUGUCCUGGCCAAGAACUCAGUCAUUUUUCUGUGUACCAAGUUUUGCCUAAAUUGUGCAGGUGGUUCUUAAAAAAGAAAGAAAAGGAAAAGAAAAGUGUGUGUCUUGUUGGAGGGCCAGAAGUUUGUCGUGUGACAGUAUUAGCCCGGCCUCGGCUACAGGUUUAAAGUCUGUUAGGCCUAAGUGCAGCUCCCCGUGGCCUGCACACACCGUAGGAGAAGGUCAGCUUUCCUGUGGGGUUUUGUUUCAUUUUGUUUUGUUUUUUGCCUACCUCACUGUUUUUAAUGCAUUGAGAGGUGACUUAGUUUAUGGUUUUGGCAGAAAACAUUAAUGUUUAAUUUAACCUUAAUACCAAAACUAUCUGAUUAAAGUUUGACUUUGUCACAAGUCUAAAUCAGGUACAAAAAAGGAAAAAAACAAAAAAUAAAAAACAAGCCUGUCUAUGACAGCAGGGAGUAGCCUUGUAGCUGCUGCAGUCUGCUUCUAGCAUGCAGACUGCUCUGUUCUCACCAAGUUCACCAUUAGCGGGUGACAGGCAGCCAGCUGCCACCUGUGACACAUAAGAGAUGUCAUUGUUCUCAGUUGGGUUUGGAAGCAGGCAGGGGUCACACUGGGGAGUCACACAGACUGUUGAUGUUGCAGGAGCCUUUCUUGGGAGUGACGGUGUGUCCCUUUUCUAAGAAUGCAAUGCACUAAAACUGUUUUAAGAAUGUAGUUUGCCCUACUUCUUCAUAGAUGGCCCCUCCCUGCCUGUGUUUCAGGUGUAAAAUCGACACUCUGGCUUUUCUCCUUUUCUCACGUGCUCUCUUGUUCUCUUUUUUUAAAACUAAUUUUUCUUUAUGAAUAUGUCUGUGACAUUUGUAAUAAAUGUCUUGUAAUAAUUUGC